AUGGAGAAUACCAAACAUGUUCAAAAUGAGAACACUGACAUCGCUGAAAACCUCUAUCAGAAGGUUAAAAUUCUUUGCUGGGUUAUGACAGGACCUCAAAAUCUAGAGAAAAAGGCUAAACAUGUCAAAGCUACAUGGGCCCAGCGCUGUAAUAAAGUGUUGUUUAUGAGUUCAGAAGAAAACAAAGACUUCCCUGCUGUGGGAUUAGAAACCAGAGAAGGCAGAGACCAGCUAUACUGGAAAACAAUUAAAGCUUUUCAGUAUGUUCAUGAUCACUAUCUAGAAGAUGCUGAUUGGUUUAUGAAAGCCGAUGACGAUACAUAUGUUAUACUAGACAAUUUGAGAUGGCUUCUCUCAAAACACAGCCCUGAAGAACCCAUUUACUUUGGGAGAAGAUUUAAGCCCUAUGUUAAGCAGGGCUACAUGAGUGGAGGAGCAGGAUAUGUACUGAGCAAAGAAGCCUUGAAGAGAUUUGUUGAUGCGUUUAAAACAAAGAAAUGUACACAUAGUUCCUCCAUUGAAGAUUUAGCACUGGGAAGAUGCAUGGAAAUUAUCAAUGUAGAAGCGGGAGAUUCCAGAGAUACCAUUGGAAAAGAAACUUUUCAUCCCUUUCUACCAGAGCACCACUUAAUCAAGGGUUAUCUACCUAAAACAUUUUGGUACUGCAAUUAUAACUAUUACCCUCCUGUAGAGGGUCCUGGUUGCUGUUCUGAUCUUGCAGUUUCUUUUCACUAUGUUGAUCUUACAACCAUGUAUGAGUUAGAAUACCUUGUUUAUCAUCUUCGUCCAUAUGGAUAUUUAUACAGAUAUCAACCUGCCUUACCUGAAAAUAUAGGGAAGGAAAUAAGUCAAGCAUACAAAAAUGAAGAUCCAAAGUAAAAUUUGGGAAACCUUGAAAGAAAAGCAUAAAUGAACAGAGAUGUUGCACCUUUUACAAGGCAAGAAAAAAUUUUCUCUCCUCAAGAAAAAAAAAA